AUGCCUGGACAUCACCAUUGCAAUGCCCAUACCGGCUUGCCCCGAGUUUGGCUGGGUUGGGGUGAGUUGGGGGAUCGCAAGGCUCAGCUUCAAGCUGAGCAGAACGCAUACUUCAAAACAAAUGCCCCUGAUUUCAAGCUGCGACACCCAGGUAACCGCCGACGCGGCUGGGAUGUGCACUUGAAUGUCAUUCGUAGGUCGACCCGUUGGAUUGACUGGCGAAUCCACAAGACUGGAGACAAGUAUAAACUUGUUCUCCCUGAUUUGGUAUGUCUUGAGCAGGUCAACAGCCUUGUUAAUUUCCUUUAUACUGGUGACUAUUCCGUUGAUGAAGCGGACUUGAGUUAUUACUCUGUUAGGGCCUGCCCUGGUGGCUGUGUGACUUGUCCCCAGAUCUGUCAACUCUUGCGCAUUCACCUGUCGAUGUUUCAAACUGCUCUUCUUCUUAGAAUUACUGAUCUCCAGGCUCUUGCCUUCCGCAGAUUCCGUGAUCUCAUGAAUACUGCUCCUGCUUUCGUUUUGCAGUAUGCUGUUCACGCAGUCUAUAGUAGGGAGCCUAUCCCCGAUGGAAGCAACAACUUUCAGAUUACGGGAUUGAAAUCCGUCUCGGACUAUCGCCCUGAGCUGGUGCUUCCCGCGGUGCUUAGGUAUUGUGGGUAUUACCGAAUGAAUCCUCAGCAGAUAACCAGGCACGGAAAGAAAGUGAGAGUUUUUGGCGAGAAGGAGUUUACUGAGCUACGCCGAAAAAGCCGUAAGUUUGAUGGAGACCUGGCCCUAGGAAUUUGGCUGGACACUAUUGAUAUCACAGUGCCGACGAUUCAGUUCCCUGGCAACUCAGAGCCCAUCAGAUCCCUUCAUCCCUAUAUGACGACUCCACUCGCACCACAGGCAGCAGAUCCCAAACGGUCAAACUAUCAAUAUGUUAAUUACUUGCAGCCGUUGCCUUUCAAGGAGUUCAGUGACCAGAAGAUAUCUAACACCCCCACAUGGACACCGUCACCUGAAAACACCUCCACUGGGUCUUUUACUACCCCGCAGACCUCACUGCAACGCAUGCAGACACGCUCCCCACUCAACCAGGGCAACCAGGCUUCGGUGCAGCAAACUCCAGACUUACCUCAAUUAGACCUAGAACAGACAGAGGACCUUGGUUUCCUUGACGAUGCUGCAUUUGAUACUACUAUGGAUCAAAUCAUCGCGAAUCUACCCCAGGAUUAUUCCACAGGGCCAGUCGAUUCGGACAAUAUCGACUGGACGAACACAAUGGACUGGAGCGGGGCAAAUGCACCGGAUAUCGACUUCAGCCAGCUUCUGGGUGAUGAUGCUAUGGACGAGCCAGAUACGAAUGCGGAUGCAUUCGACUUGCAACAGGCAAUGAACUGGACUGGAGAGGACUUGGCUAAUAUGGACUUGACUAAUGUGGACUUGACUCAGUUCUUGAAUACUGAUGCUAUGGGUGAGCCAGAUGUGAAUGCGAAUGCAUUGGACUCGACACAGGCAAUGAACUGGACUGGAGAGGACUUGGCUAAUGUGGACUUCACCCAGCUUUUGAAUGACGACACUUUGGACCUGCAAUGUCUCGAUCCAUCUGUCCUGGACUUGCCCAUGGAUAUGGAUAUGGGCUUAGGGCUCCCAGAGCCGAAUUCUUUUGAUCUACCUGACAUGGGCUCUUUUGAUAUGACGGGUCUACCUGACAUUGACCUUUCCGGACUAACUUCACAGAAUUCUAUGGACAGUGCAUUCUUGACUCAACACCAGGCCAUGGAUAUGGAUGCGAUCUUCCCCCUAGGAAUGGAUCCAUGUGUCAAUGUGCCUCAGGAGAUGAAUUUUCUUCCCCAGCCAUUGAACUCAAUGAUGGAUAUGGACUUUACUGCAUCCAGCUUCAGGAACCAACAGUCGAUCCAGACAGCCCUACCUACAAAAACCCUAACUGACCAACAGGCAGUUCGGUCCGUGUUCACUCAUGUUCAAGCCAAUGCUAAAUCUCGUGCAUCGGUUCCACGUCAGAGACAAGACUCUACUCAAACCCGGUACAAUUUGAGGAGUCGCCCCAGCAUGGCUGAUUCGAAGGAGGAACUCUAG